AAUGUGUUUUCCAACUAACACAUAUACACACGUUUUGACGGAAUACCACCAGUCGGAUUUUGCUCGCUGUCUUAAACAGAACUAUAUACGUACAGUUUCAAACAUUGAAUAUCUUUGUGACGAUGGAUCCCAUGGAUGAUAUCGACACAGAACUUAAUUAUAUUGAAGAGCCUGAGGAUGAAACCACGCCCUCUAAGAAAGCUGGCCAUGUCUCCGGGGGCAACAUGAAAGGGGAAUAUGUUUCUAUACAUAGCUCGGGAUUCAGGGACUUCCUUCUCAAGCCGGAACUUCUGCGGUCCAUCGCCGACUGUGGAUUUGAACAUCCAUCACAAGUUCAACACGAGUGCAUCCCGCAAGCAGUGUUGUCGAUGGACGUGUUGUGUCAAGCCAAGUCUGGUAUGGGGAAGACUGCUGUGUUUGUUCUGGCCACACUUCAACAGUUGGACCCUGUGGACGGACAGGUUUCUGUUAUAGUUUUGACACACACCCGGGAACUUGCCUUCCAAAUUGCAGACGACUACCGGAAGCUAUCUCGUCAUAUGAACAGUGUCAAGGUCGCUGUGUUUUUCGGAGGAAUCCCUAUCAAACAAGACGAAGAGACGUUAUCAAAAAACUGUCCCCACAUUGUCAUAGGAACUCCCGGCCGCAUCUUAGCACUGGCUCGGAAAGGGACACUCAAACUGGGAAACAUCCGCCAUUUUAUCCUGGACGAGUGUGACAAGAUGCUUGAAAUACUAGACAUGAGGAAAGAUGUUCAAGAUAUAUUCAGAAUGACGCCACACGAGAAACAAGUCAUGAUGUUCAGCGCCACCCUUGGGAAGGAAUCUCGUCUUGUCUGCAGGAGGUUUAUGCAGGAUCCAUUGGAGGUCUUUGUUGAUAACUGCUCUAAGUUGACCCUGCAUGGCCUUCGACAGUUUUAUGUCCAGGUCACAGAGAAGGAGAAGAACAAAAAACUCGUGACACUUCUCGAUGCCCUGGAAUUCAACCAGGUGAUCAUAUUUGUGAAGUCCGUCCAGAGGUGUGUGGCUCUAGCCAAGUUGCUGUUGGACCAGAACUUCCCAGCCAUUACCAUCCACAGUGCCAUGAAGCAAGAGGAAAGGCUAUCUCGAUACAAGCAAUUUAAGGAAUUCGAGAAGCGCCUCUUGGUGUCCACGAAUCUUUUUGGCCGAGGGAUGGAUGUUAUCGGAGUCAACAUUGUCUUUAACUACGACAUGGCAGAGGACUCGGACACCUUUCUCCAUAGGGUUGCUAGAGCUGGGAGAUUCGGCACGAAGGGCAUGGCCAUCACCUUCAUCGCCAACGAGAUGGAGGCCACAAUAAUGAAUAAGGUACAGGAACGAUUCCAGGUCAAUGUUCCUGUUUUACCUGAUGAAAUCGACACAUCCUCUUACCUCCCAGGGAAAUGAGGACUUGCUGAUGAAAAAGACAGUUAUGGCUGAAAUACAAAGAUCAAUAGAUCAAAUAAGGAUGUGUCGAACAUAAUUCCAUAUACAAUGUGAAUAAAUAUCUGUGAUAUAUUAGUACAACUUUUUUUCAAACAAGACAAUAAAUCUUGGAAAUAUUGUGUAUUAGAUCUGAUGUGCGCAUGCGCGUGUGUGGAGUGUGUUUCAAAGACGAGACGAAUCAUUUGGAAGAGUCGAACAUUAUCUAUUUUGUAGUAUUAGUUUAGAUAAAUUGUUUUUAACAAAGUGGGUUCUCCAGAAUUUUCAGCAAUAUUCACUUUUUUUAUUGUAAACUUACCGUGGAGUGAAUUCUUUGUUUGGAUGUGUGCAAUUGUUUUAUUAAAUGUAACAACAGACUUUGAUGUAACAUAUAUAUAUUGUAUCAUUGUAGAAAUAUGCAUGUUUUCAUUGUCAUUAGUCUUCUAUAUGUAAAUGUUAUAACUUGUGCCUAAUCCUUUGUUGUAAGUUUGACAAUAAAUAUAUUUAUAUCAAAUCAAAUCAAAUCAAGGAAGAUUUUAAUCCUUUAUGAAUACUACCGGCGAAAUCAAAUUCAAAUACGUGUAUCAGCCCAUGGUGCACUGUGUAUUGACAAUAUAUACAGGCCCAUCAAGCCUUUGGACAUAUGUGAAGUAGAUCGCCCUACAUUUACAAGAUUACCCUUUGUGUACGGACUGUCAAAACUGAGUGAGAUUUCUUAAGAUAUACAGUAAUAACUGUAUUAUUCAAUUAAAAUUACAUACGUAAAAAGAUGCAUCAUGCCGUAUAUAACCGGUUAUUUUCGCGGGAGUAUGUUUUUGGGAGCUUUACUGAAAACGAGGAAAAUAAAUUUACGCCGAUGACAAUUUUCGCUCUCAAGAGAUAUGAGAAAGUUAGAUUCCGUUUCAAACACGUGUUUGUUUUUGCUCCAACAUAGAUGUUUUAACAGUGGCUGUUUAGAAAUUCUUCAAAACUGGUCAUUUUAGACGGAGCCCGGUAAUCACAUUAUCUAUCCGAUAAAAUCAUUUUAUUACGGAUACUAGUGGGUUGCGUGUCUCGUUACUUCACCGCGAAAAUAACCGGUAAUAUACUUUAGUAUUUUACAUUGAAUAUUAUAGAAAAAUUGUACGUAGAAUAUUUCGUGUGUAAUAAGUGAGCUCGGUUUUAAUUCCAAUGAAGUUUAAAUUUAUUAAUAAACAAUCGUUAUGAUACUUUCUUUUCAACUGACUAAGAAGAAAAUGUCAUACUCUACAUAAAAAAGCAAAUGAAUGAUGUCAAGCGACAAGUAAAGCAGGGAAAAGAAGAACACUCCGAGCGGCCCUCGACU